AUAAAAUUAAUUAAAAAACAAACAAAAAAUGAAUAAACAAAUGAGAAAAUUUUUACUUUGGUUUGCUCAUGAACACGUUGAAUUUCGUGCUCCUGAAAUUGAAUCGAUACUUAAUGUUUUUAAAAUAUCACCAGCAAUAUUAAAAACCAUUGAACAAUCACCAAAUCAUCCUUAUUGGAUUGUUGAGACAAAUUCUGAAUCAACAAUUAGAAGAAUUGCUAGUAGAUCAGUGUCACUGAGAUUUUGUAUUGAAAUAUGGGCUCGUGAAAAUCAGUCAAAUAUUCUUCAUGAUACAUUAAAAAAAUUACCAAAAGAAAAAUUAAAUGAACAUAUUGGAAAUGGUAAAUCAUUUAAAAUUAUUGUUGAAACAUUUUGUGGUCAUAUUACACAAAAAGAAAAAAUUGACAGAAUUGAGAGUUUUAGUUAUUUACCUCUUGAUGGUCCAGUUAAAUUGACAGAUCCUGAUACAACAUUAUACUACAUUGAGCACUAUGGAAUGGAGCCAAAUAACAUAUCAAAAGAACCACAAGAAUAUUUUUUUGGUCGUUGGAUUGCAAAUGGUCAAAGAGAAUUGAUACAAAAAUUAUCAUUAAAAACAAGAAAAUUCAUUGGUACAACAUCAAUGGAUCCACAAUUGUCAUUGAUGAUGGCUAAUCAAGCUCAAGUUAAAAAUGGUGAUAUAAUAUUGGAUCCAUUUGUUGGUACUGGAUCAUUGCUAGUAGCUGCAUCACAAUUUGGUGGAUUUAUCAUGGGAAAUGAUAUUGAUUAUAUGAUGUUACAUGCUCGUACAAGACCCACAAGAAUAAAUCAAAAGAAGAGAAGUAGUGAUGAGAGUGUUGCUGCAAACAUGAAACAAUAUGGUAAAGAAUCACAGUACAUUGACGUUGUUGUUGCUGAUUUUUCAAGACCAUUAUGGAGACCAGGAAUGCGAGUAGAUGCAAUAAUAACAGAUCCUCCUUAUGGUGUUAGAGAAGCAACUGAACGUGUAGGAAGUGCAAAAUUAAAUCCUCAAAUUGAUGAACAUCAAGCAGCAACUCAUAUACCAUCGAAAAUUGAUUAUAAUUUGCCUCAUAUGUUUAAGGAUAUAUUUAAUUUUGCAGCACAACAUUUGGAGAUUAAUGGAAGAUUAGUUUGUUGGUUUCCUGUUUACAGGGAUAACUAUUCACCUGAUCAAUUGCCAAUACAUCCUUGCAUGAAAUUAACAGCAAAUUCUGAACAAGUUCUUAGUAAUCAUGCAAGUAGAAGAUUACUAACUUAUAUUAAAAUUCGUGAACCAAAAAAUUGUGAUGUCAUGGAUUCCACGAAUAUUCUUGAUUUUCGAGAAAUGUAUUUUGCACUUAGAGAUGAAACACGUCGUGAAAAAAGAGCUAGACAAAAUGCUGAACGUGCAAAAAAUAAAGCUGACUGGGAACAAAGAUGUCGUGAAAAAACUGAAAGUACUGAAAGAUAAAUUGUUCUGUUUCUUUCUUUUUACAAUAAAAAAAACAAUUUAAUUUGUAUUUUUUAUUUUAUAAUAACUUUU